UUAUUGUUACUGCUGUUGUUAUAAUUAUUAUUGUAGGAUCUCCUAUACGGUGUUUAUAGGAUCACGGCCCCUCCCACAGAUUCGGGACCUGGCAGGCCAGCCGAUCCUAUUUACCCUCAGCGCACGUCUGGUCCAGAACCUUUUGUCGGGUGAACAGGACGACAGACAGGGGUCGCCUGCAUCAUUGCUACGGCACCGCGGAUCGGUACGAGAGACAAAAUGCAGGUUUCGACCAAUAGCGUUCCACGUGGACAGCAACCACACCUGUAUCAUGACGACACUCAAACUAAGCCAAUAGUCCACUCGGGACGGCUUGUUUACGCGAAACCACAAGAUCUUCCGAGCUUCCCUUCCAUUGGCCUUGAUGCUAGAGGCUCCGCUGCCAGCGCAGCUGCGUCGCUGGGUUGGGCCAACAAAAAAUCACCUGAACCUUGGAGACCAACUGCUUCACCUUCCGCCUGGACAGCUGCCAUCAUGGCUGAAGACUACAAACUUGCACCUGCCUGGGAGCCCGUAGCUAGUAGCGAUGGUGCCAAGGCUGCUCUCUUGGCCGCGAAGUCUGCGACGAGCCCUGGAAUACCGAAAUCUCCGUCAAUGGAUGAUGGCAUAUCAGCAGCAACACGAGCCUACAAGUCAAGCCGCGCAAGCUCGAGUAUUAAGCAAGAGGCCCCUGAGCGUCACAGAUCCUUAGUUGCCGCCAAAGGUGCCGUGGCCCGACGUCAACGAGCAGACUCCGCGCCGGCUCCCCGAGAAUCUUACCCUGAUGAAGCCAACGCCGCAGCUAACGCCCUAAGUGCCGCAACCCGAGCUCAUCGCCCUGCUUUGUCACCUAUCCCUCUAGAAGAGGCGGGUGCUGUCCCGUACACGACGAUGAAUAAGCUAAUGUUUACCUCACGGCCGCCCGUUAAACCUGAGGUUGAUGAACAGAAAAGAAAUGACGUGCUCCAUGCAUCCGCUGUAGCCAUGGCAAAGAAGAUGUAUAAUCAGCAGCAGAAGAUGAUCGACGCACAGAAAGCUCACGUCGAUACAUUAUCACCACGAAGCAACUUAGAGGUCUCUAGUAGUGUGAGCGAUGACCACCAACCAGCCCAGCUGACUACUCUACAAGAUGCAGCAUACAAGCAAGCACAGGCUCGUCUUGCGAAGAUGCAACAAAAGAACGCACAGGACAGUGAUCUCCAGGACUAUUAUGGGACAAAACCAUUAUCUAGGCGUUUCUCUGUGAAAGGCAAGCUUCGAAAAAGAUCUUUCAGUGAUGGAGCUGUCUUAGAAGAUCAGCGGCGGUCAGAGCAAAUAAGAAAACAGAUGACUGUUUUCUCCAAUAAGCUGUCAGAGGUCGAUCAACAAAAAAGACAGCAAGAUCAAGACCAGUUGCUUGCUGCAGCCCAACGGAACGUCCACGAACGAUUAAAGGGCAUGGAUGCAAAGAUUGCCAACGAAACCGGAAUGGCUCCGCCUUCUACACUUACUCAAUGGGAACUCAAAGCUCGCGCUAUAGCGCAGGCGCGAGCUUUUUCGCAGAACAACCCACAUCAAGGAAAGGUCGACAUUGGUGGCGUGCAAAUGGAUCAGGAAGAAAUCAAUGUUAUCGCCGCGAAAAGAAUUCAGCCUAUUCUAGAUGAGAUCAAUGCAAAGGCAGAACUCGAGCAUGCCCGCCAGGCGGAGCUACGGCUGGAGAUGCAACGGAAGAAGGAAGAAGAAGAGACUGAAAAGGCGCGACAGAGAGAGGUUCAAGACAUUCAAAAGAAACUCAAACAGCAAGAAAAGCAAGAACAAAAAGAACGAAAGGCGGAAGAAAAGGCUGCUAGAGCUGAACAGAAACGACUGGCCCGAAUUGAGAAGACCAAGUCAGCAGAACAUAACCAGGGAGCCAACAUAGAGCCGGAUGUUCAAGAGAACACAAAAACCGUGAACAGCAGUAGUCAGCCCGUCUUAGUUCCAUCCUCAAGCACUCGAAAGGCUCGAAGGAGGGCGAGUUCUGAGAACUCGGAAGACAGCCCAAAGUCGCCCUCUGGUAAAAUCAAGACCUGGCUCAAAUCAAGAUUCUCACGAGACCAAAGCCUAGGAAGGUCAAACUCAAAGAGAUUUAUUGGUGGUGCUUCUCUAACCGGAAAUCGAAAUAAUCAGAGCUCGGUAAGCCUUGGUGACCAUGGCGGCAGUAUACGGGAGGUCGCCUUGGCUGGUAGGGACUCGGGUCCGCCUCAAUCACGCUUGGAGCACGAUUCCGAGGCUGUCUCGUCCUUAAGCAACGCAAGUGAAGACGAAGCAGAAAACCAACCCAAGAGAAUGCUGACGCCCCCGAGACCUAUAAGGGAUGCUUCACCAGCCGUGAGCCGGAGUCCAGCCAGAGACUCUCGUUUUCACGAGAUAAUCUGAUGAGAACUGUCUGCUACAAGGACUUGGCAAAUUUGGUUCAAAAUAAUUACUAUGCUUUAAUGAGUGGUCGGGAAUGUUUCGCGUUAAAACAAAUCUUUGGGGACCGAAGUGUGUUUGAAUUGAUGGCAAUGGCGGCGUUACGGUGGCAGGAUAUGAUACGUACCGUGAGUUUUCCCAGAAUGCGCAAUGAUAACAAUACCUUGGGUCUUGGCUUAGCUGGUUUGAAAUCCUACCGUGUGCUAAGAUUUACGAAUUGAACAUGAGCAUCGUUACCAAAAAUGCAGUGGCACUACUGGGAAAUGGAAAAUAUA